AUGGCUGACCUGGUCCGCUCCAGUGACGAAGAGUCGGAUAUCGAAGAAGUACGAGGUCCAGGACAACCGGCGUUCAUCUCCGGCAAGCAGUUCGUCAGCUUGACUGCCCGCGUAGGCCAAGACUGGACCGACGCGGGCAACAAGAAGAAGCUGAAGACCAAGGCCAUGACGAAAGGGACGAAUUGCUUGAUGGCGAAGUAUGGUCUCUUGCAGCCUUCCCGCAAGCUGACCGUCGACGAGUUGGAACCCAAGAAGGAUGUUGUCUGCGCGGACGACCUUUCGAAGAUUAGCGAAGAGAAGCAGGAGGCGCUGAAGAAGAAGUUGCGCUUGGCUGUAAACAGGACGCUUGUCCGCUGGCACAACCCGACAGGCCAGCCGAGCGCGGCGCAGACGAAGUCGAAGUCGGAAGGAAAGGCGAAGGCGAAGGUCAAGGAUGAGGAGAACAGGAGCGACGGGUCGGAGACUGAAGAGACGGCGAAAAACGAGGCGGCGAAGACGGUCACGGACAUAUUGAAGGCGCUUCGCGUCGAGAAGAGCAAGGUCUUUCCGCAUCAAGUGCUGGCGAACAACUUCUGGCAGCCGGAGUGGACGGAUGAGUUGAAGGCUAGACGGGAGGCCGAGCGCAGUCGUCCUCGAGGUGCAGAUGACAAGCGCCCUCUGCUGAUGAACACCAGGCGCCAGUUCUUGCUUGACAAGUUGGAGACCAUCGACGACGACCUGAAGGCGGAGUUGGAGGAGAAAGUGGAGGAGUUGCAGCAGGCGGCUCAAGUGGACUUUGACAAGACUCUGAACCUCUCGAGUCGGACGCCUGAGGAGUGCUACAACUUCUUGCGCGACUUCAAAGUCUUUGCCGAGCGCUUCGUCGAUAUCAUGGCGGAGGGUACGAAGGGCGUCGUACUGCUGAUGGUGGCUUCGCCCACCACGGAAAACGGUAUCCCUGAAGUUGAAGUCAAUAAGUAUAAGUGGUCCUCGAUCCCCGCUCAUCUCGGGCGUAACGGCCUCAGCUAUAGCGAGGUGGAUGUCGAUAUGUUUGCAACCGUGGCGGAGCGCUUCAGGGAGUUCAGGAAGAAGGUGUUCAGCACGUCUGAGGUGUCUUUGACCAUGAUAAAGAUGAGCUCACCAUGGGCGCUAGACGCGAACUUUACGAAGGACGACAUCGAGCCCGAGGAUGCAGUGGAAGAAUUGCUGAAGUGGCAGACGAAACUGGCGGCGAAGAAGGGCCACGGGAUCAUGGACGCAUCCGGCGGCAGCGAGAGGGAAAAGAGACGUAGGCAUGGGCAUUACGGGCGGACGCCGGCAGACGCACGCGAUGGGAGGGAGAGUGACGAGGCACAGCAGCGGGGUCUGCGAAAGGCGUCGGGGACGGCAGGAGCAUUCGGCGGCGAGAAGGUCGGGGAUACGCCGCAGCGCAGGAGGAGAACAGCGGCUGAGGGCGGAGACCGCGAUGGUUGGGGCAGCGAGGACGACUCUGAUGACCUGAAGACGACGUUCAAUGAGCGCGGGAGCACCAAGCGCCGACACGGCGAUGGGAAGUUCGGCGAUCAGGACUCCGGUGCGGAGGGUGUGGUGUCCAACGGUGGCGAUGGCGGCCUAGGCGUUUGGGACGCUGACAGCAAUGGGGGGGAUCCAAGGAAAGGUGCUAAGGAGGUGGAGCCUAAGCGUCCAAGGCCGCGGAAGAAGGUGAUCAACCGUGUAAUGAGCGAAGAAGAGAGUGAGGAUCCUCGAGCUGGAAUGGGCAGCGCGGGCUCGGGAGGCAAGGGCACGAGUCCGACCAAUACGGACGAACGAACGGUGACGACGUCUGAGAAAGCGGAUGUGCCUGAGGGCACGGACAUACGCCCAACUUCUUCAACGCCUGGCAAUGCUUCUAUGCCGGAUGCGCCGAACUUCGAGCCGAUUUUUGCGGGCUGGAAUCCGGUAAUGAUCGCGCCGAUUCCAACGCGCAAAACGGUGAGCGACCCUGCUUUGGGGGAUAUGGCCCGUACUGAAAUGCCGUGUGAGACGGAUGUGGCGAACAUGUUGCUCGAGGAGGUAAAGCAGCUGACCUACGUCGCUGCGCAAGGCGUCAAGUCGAUCGUAUACGCGCUAUUGCACGCAUACCUUGAAUUCGAGGGCGCCAGUCCGCCUGCCGCGGCCCGAGCGUGUGAGGGAUGGGCAGAACUCGACAUGCAUGGCGAAGAAGUAACGGUACGCCCUCGGUACCUGCGUGCUUGGGCCAUGUCUGCGCAGAAGUUGUCGUGGGUGGGUGUAUGUACAGGCGGUGACGGCACUGCUGGUGAUGGUCUCGAUUGGAACUUUGGCGCGGCGUGUUCGCAGCAGUGGGUGGCGCUGCAGCCCGCCGAACGUCGCGAGGGGAACGAGAUUGUGCGUCCAGCCGAUAGCGCAAUGGACUGGGGGANCCGCACGCUGGUGAUCGGGUUGCUUCUGUGGGCGGACAAUAUGGAGUCUUUGCGCGACGGGACAUCCGUCUUGGACUGGGAGAUGGCGGCGGCUGACAUGGCUCAAGUGCUGCGGGUCUGCACAGAGCAGGUUCGCGCACGUCCGUCAGCGACGCAGGGAGAGAGUGCUAAUGGAACGGAGGACGGAGAGGGAGAACGUCAGAAGGGUUCGGGUAGAGAGCAAACAAAGUCAAAGGCGUUGGCGUACAUGGAGGCGAACGGAGUGGUUUCGGCGACAGUGAAGAGAACGAUGGGGUGGGGCCAGCCAGCGGAGCCGAGCACGAAGGCAGGGUCGAGCAAGAAGGCGGGAGGCGACACGGCGACGCUUGCGAAGGAGUCAGCCGCUGGGCCAGGUGGUCAGAAGGAGAAGAGGAAGAGGGUCUCGGCGUCGAGCGAGACAAAAGAUACAAGCGAUAUGGCGGAGAAGGACAAGAAGGGGGCUAACGCAAAGCGCGUCAAACUCUGA